UCGCGUCACAACGUGUAUAGAUGAAAGUCCGCAGCAGACAGCCGCUGUCCGACUUCCACCACUGAAGCGUCUGUGCGCGUCAUCGCGGGCUGCUUGGAGGAGCUCGGAAGAUGCGGGACGUCGUCCCUGUUGGGAGAAGCUCAUUCAAAGUUUAGUCUUUUACAGCGUAGGGGAGGCGAUGCUCCACUUGUGUUAAGUCCUCGCGGCGUGGAACCAUCAUGGCUGUUGACGCGGCGUCCAGUUUCAGUUUUUGUAGGCCAGCUGUGGAGUACAGAGCUCUGCCAGAGGACUUUGAACACCAGCUAACUCGGCGGACUGGGGGUAAUCUAACCUGGCAUGAUGGGCGUGGGCAGAAGGCGACAGGAGGCAGAGUAAAGUUGCUACAGCAACCGGGCACUGAGCUCCACCAGUAUCGUUGCAGUGACAAUUACAGCAUAUACAACACUAGCCCGACACAGCCAAGCUUAAUCCGACCCGUGGUCAUGUGGACACAGCAAGAUGUUUGUAAAUGGCUGAAGAAGCACUGUCCACACAACUAUCUAACCUACGUAGAGGCCUUCUCCCAUCAUGCGAUCACAGGCCGGGCGCUGCUGCGUCUGAAUGGUAACAAGUUACAAAGGAUGGGACUGGUGCAAGAAACGCUGAGACAGGAGCUGCUGCAGCAAGUUCUUCAGCUGCAGGUGCAGGAGGAAGGACGCAACCUGCAGCUGCUCAGCAGAGGAGAAAGGUCCUUCGAAAAGCGAUCGUAAGCACACAGAAAUGUUUGAAGUGUUUUUGACCCUGAAAGACAUUGUGAGAGUUGAAUUAAACCCAUCAGGUCUCCUUGCUGGACAGUAUGAAAAAGCAUCAUGAUAACAAUCCCUUCUGUCAACUCAAUAAUCACCUAUGCAGUGAUAUAUUGUCAUAUUGUUUCUUAUUUAUACCUUUUCAUUUAUGUAAACAG